UAUGAGUGGGAUCAGUCAGCUCACAAAAGGAGAAGACUCCCUCCAGUGAAAAGGUCUCUGGUGUACUACGUGAAGGGUAGAGAGGUGGGAAUGCAGAGUGAGUCUAGCUAUCGCCAUUUGUUGUAUGGAUACGCAGCUCAGCAGCUUCCCAGCCUCCUGAAGGAGAGAGAAUUUCACCUUGGAACCCUCAAUAAAGUGUUUGCCUCCCAGUGGCUGAAUCACCGACAAGUGGUGUGUGGGACAAAAUGCAACACAUUAUUUGUAGUAGAUGUCCAGACUGGUCAAAUUACCAAGAUUCCUAUUCUGAAAGAUCGUGAACCCGACAUGGUGAACGAGCAGGGAUGUGGUAUUCAUGCCAUUGAACUCAACCCCACCAGGACCCUUCUGGCCACAGGUGGAGAAAACCCAAACAGUCUUGCAGUGUAUCGUCUGCCUACACUUGAUCCUGUUUGUGUGGGAGAUGAUGGACAUAAG